AGAUACGGCCAGAGCACUGAGAGAUAUCAGGUAUUGAUGUAACUGGAGUGAAUAAGGGAACCUUCUUCCUGAGCACAGACAUUUAAGCCUGUUAUCAGCAUGAACUCAUAUGUGUUAGACAAAUAUUUGAAUAGUUCAUAUCUAUCCUUCACUACAGAAAGCAUCAGAAUGAUACCGCAAACUCCAAAAAUCUUAAACACCAAUGACUAUUCACAAACAUUGGAGAUAUCACAAAAGAUAUUAAAAGACAAUGGUGAAUUGGCAGGAACUGGGCAGCAAUCACUAUGUACAGAGAGUAAUUUAGUCAUCAAACAAGAGGACAACAUUUAUGCCUUAUCUGGUGAAAUUAUUAUCCCCGAGGAUAAACCACACACAUUUACUGAGUUUUCAAAACAUAUUAAAGAAGGGAAAAGUCUACAGUCUAGCCAAAUGAUUCAUAUAAAGGAGGAACCUUUCAAAUCUACAGAAUGUGAGAAAAGCUUUAGAUGGAAAUCUCCUCUACUAGAACACCACAAAAUUCACACAGGUGAGAAUCCACACACAUGUACUGAGUGCGGCAAAUGUUUUACACACAUGAAUUAUUUGAAAACUCAUAAAAACUUUCACACAGGAGAAAAGCCUUUCACAUGUACAGAGUGUGGAAAAAGUUUUACACAUAAGAGUGAUCUGAAAAUGCAUGAAAGGGGUCACACAGGAGAAAAGCCUUUCAAAUGUACAGAGUGUGGGAAAAGUUUUACACAAAAGAGUGAUCUGAAAAAGCAUGAAAGGAGUCACACCGGAGAAAAACCGUUCACAUGUACAGAGUGUGGAAAAUGCUUUACACGACAGGAUAAUUUGAAAAUUCAUAAAAUGAGUCACACAGGGGAAAAGCUGUUCACAUGUACAGAGUGUGAAAAAAGUUUUACAGUAAAGAGUAGUCUGCAAACUCAUGAAAGGAUUCACACAGGAGAAAAGCCUUUCACAUGUACAGAGUGUGGAAAAAGUUUUACACAUAAGAGUAAUCUGAAAAAACAUGAGAGGAUUCACACAGGGGAAAAGCCCUUCACAUGUACAGAGUGUGGAAAAAGUUUUACAGUAAAGAGUAGACUGAAAAGUCAUGAAAGGAGUCACACAGGAGAAAAGCCUUUCACAUGUACAGAGUGUGGAAAAUGUUUUACAGUAAAGAGUGAUCUGAAAAAGCAUGAAAGGAUUCACACAGGGGAAAAGCCCUUCACAUGUACAGAGUGUGGAAAAAGUUUUAAAGAUAAGAGUAGUCUGAAAAGUCAUGAAAGGAUUCACACAGGAGAAAAGCCUUACACAUGUACUAAAUGUGGCAAAUGUUUCACACAAAUGGAUCAUCUGAAAACUCAUAAAAAGAUUCACACAGGAGAGAAGCCUUUCACAUGUACAGAGUGUGGAAAAAGUUUUACACAAAAGAGUAAUCUGAAAAGGCAUGAAAGGAGUCACACAGGAGAAAAGCCUUUCACAUGUACAGAGUGUGGAAAAAGUUUUACACAAAUGGAUAAUCUGAAAAUUCAUGAAAUGAUUCACACAGGGGAAAAGCCUUUCACAUGUACAGAGUGUGGAAAAAGUUUUAUACAAAAGAGUGAUCUGAAAAAGCAUGAAAGGAAUCACACAGGGAAAAAGCCUUUCACAUGUACAGAGUGUGGAAAAAGUUUUAUAGAAAAAAGUGAUCUGAAAAAGCAUGAAAGGAUUCACACAGGGGAAAAGCCUUUCACAUGUACAGAGUGUGGAAAAAGUUUUACACGAAAGAGUGGUCUGAAAAAGCAUGAAAGGAUUCACACAGGGGAAAAGCCGUUCACAUGUACAGAGUGUGGAAAAAGUUUUAUGCACAUGAGUAAUCUGAAAUAUCAUGAAAUGAGUCACACAGGGCAAAAGCCUUUCACAUGUACAGAGUGUGGAAAAAGUUUUACACAAAUGAGUAAUCUAAAAACUCAUGAAAUGAUUCACACAGGAGAAAAGCCUUUCACAUGUACAGAGUGUGGAAAAAGUUUUAUACAAAUGGAUAAUCUGAAAACUCAUGAAAUGAUUCACACAGGAGAAAAGCCUUUCACAUGUACAGAGUGUGGAAAAAGUUUUACAGAAAAGAGUAAACUUAAAACUCAUGAAAGAAUUCACACAGGAGAAAAGCUUUUCACGUGUACAGAGUGUGGAAAAAGUUUUACACAAAAGAAUGAUCUGAAAAAGCAUGAAAGGAGUCACACAGGAGAAAAGCCUUUCACAUGUACAGAGUGUGGAAAAUGUUUUACACGAACAGAUAAUCUGAAAACUCAUGAAAAGAUUCACACAAGAGCCUUUCACAUGUACAGAGUGCGUAAAAAGAAACCUUUCACAUGUUUAGAAAGUGGGAAAAAAUGUUUUUAUUGAAAUCAGGUAUCACAAAACAGCAAAUAUUAACACAAAAAUAAACUUUCUAUACACAGUGUACCACCUUUUUACAAUUAUCCUAAAGAGGACAAACUCUCUAAAUAGAAACAUCAAAAAGGAUCCAAUUGUAAAUAAUACUUUCUAAAUCCCAGUUAUAAAAGCCCCAGAUUGGUAAUGCUCUCCUGCUGUCCUUUGUUCCUCUAUAUGUGCACCUCAGUUUCUCUCAUAUCAAUAUGAUAGAAUACAAGGCCACACAGGAAUAUACAAAUCUGUCCUCAUACUGACCAGUUUACACAGCCAUUCACCAUCAAAGCACCCCCAGUGUUGUUUAUUAAUAUGCCAGUGUUAUGAGUUGUACAUUUGAUUUACAUAGGGGAGGAAAUAAUUAUAUUUACAGAAUAAAUUAGUCUUUAUAUGAAUAGAGUGUUAGAAAAUUAUAUAAACAAGAACAUCAGUCUCAAAUGAUUGACAUCUGGGAGAUAUAUUUAAUGUGCACAUCAUGUGGAUAAACCUUUUCUUAUAGCAAUAGAUGCUUAGCAUUGUACAUGUUAUACACCAGAGGAAUUACUGAGGGGAAACUGAUUUUAUUAAAUGAGACACAAUAUCAGUAACCGGUACAUACGUGAUCAUAAUCAGUUUCAUUAAAUGGCUACUAUAACCUACAUGUAUACUGGGUAUGUAAUAUGUGUGUCGUGUGAUCAUAAUCAGUUUAAUUUAAAUGGCUACUAUAACCUACAUGUAUACUGGGUAUGUAAUAUGUGUGUCAUGUGAUCAUAAUCAGUUUAAUUUAAAUGGCUACUAUAACCUACAUGUAUACUGGGUAUGUAAUAUGUGUGUCAUGUUCUGUAACUUGAUAUAGAUGUUUUCAUGUUAGUUAGAAGCCACAAGAACUGAUAAUAGCACAUACUGUAUAUAUAAAGGGAACAUCAUAUGUCUGAUAAAUCCCUUUGUAUCAAGAGCACAAGUGUUAGGUAUAUUUAUACCAUUGUGUGCAUAUAUCAUGUAAUGCUGCUGUUUACUAUAUAAUGAUAUACAAUGUUUUUUCAUGCAAAUAAAAAGUGAUCCAGACCAGUA